AAGACUCACUUAUGGCAACGAAGUAACGGAUGCAAUGAACUCAAAAUUUUGUGAAUAAAGUUACGGUAUAUAAUGUAUCGGUGAGCUUCCGGAAUUGCCAAUUAUAUCAUGAAAAGAAGUGGGACACAGACCUCUGUACAAGAGUCCAAAACAAGGCCUUCUACUGUCAACAACAAGGAUGAGCAAAGUGAGGAAAAUGGUGUUUGGUUUUGGGUGAACAAAAAUGGAUUUCCAGUUGAUGACAGCACAUGGGAAAGAAUGUGGGACCACGUUGCCAAAAUACACCCAGAUGGCUACAAGAUGGUAUCCACUGUUAGGGAGAACAUUAAUAAUCCGCAGGUUCCUGUGCCGUCAGCCCCAAUGUCAUUCUCACCAAACAUGUCUAUCCCAGACAGAUUAGAGAAAAUACAGAAUUAUAUGAAUACUCUGCAAUACAAUCACACUGGCACCCAGUUCUUUGAAAUUAAAAAGGCACGGCCAAUAUCAGGGCUUAUGGAAGUUGCCAAGGACAUGAUAAGAGAAUCGUUGCCAAUCAAGUGUCUUGAAGCAAUCAUUCUGGGAGUCUUUCUAACCAACGGCAUGCUAGGAAUGGAGAGGUUUCCUGUCAGCUUCAAGACCAAGUUCAAUGACAACUACCACCGCCACGUUGUAUUGGGAAUCUACCAUGGUGGGAGAUACGGUGCCCUGGGGAUGAGCCGGCGAGAAGACCUCAUGUAUAAACCUCUCAUAUACAAGAGUCUUUCAGAGCUUAUUGUGGACUAUGAGAGAGCAUACAGGAAAUACUGGCAUGACGUGAAGAAGAUCAAGAUUGGGCUGCCAAUCUCGCAUGACCCGCACAGCUACGAGUUUAUACAGUGGAAGACUCUGACCCUGACCAGGAGCAAGUUGACCCAGCAGGAACUCUGUAGGGAGGUGGACGCACACGCCAAGGAUAUACGCACCAAGUCGCGCUCCUGGUCGGUUCCCCAGACAAGCUCUCCACGCAAGUCUCUGUCCUACGCAGACAUGGCCUCCAACCACUCCAGCUUCAACCAGGCUGUCAGACUCUACAAUGGGAGUGGCUCAGCCAAGGGUUCUGACUCUUCAAAAAAGGAGAGCACAGAUCUGUCUCAGUACCAGAUUCGUAUCUAGCACGGCCCUGGGGCUCAUGUGUAUGGGAGAACAGAUAUACAGUAUUUCUAUUUAUAUCAUACAAAAAAUGAUCUCAUGUUGUUACAAAGUUGUGUGGAAAUGGCUUUAAGUAUGUAUUUUGGUGAUGUGAAAAAUUUGUUUUAUAUAUAAAUUUGUGUCAAAUUGCAUUUAUUGACUGUGUUGAUAAUGCACAUAAAACUGUUAACAUAUGAUCUUAUAGUUUUAAUAUAUUAUGAAACAAGUAUUUUAGUUACUAUUGUUACUCUCAUGAUAUUAUGAAAUUCCAUGACUACUUAUAUUUUUUAUGCCCCUGGAUCGAAAGGUCGGGGGUAUAUUGUUUUUGGCCUGUCUGUCAUUGUGUGUGUCCCAAAACUUUAACCAAAACUUUAACCUUCUUCAUAACUUUUGCAAUAUUGAACAUAGCAGCUUGAUUUUUGGCAUGCAAGUGUAUCUCAUGGAGCUGUACAUUUUGAGUGGUGAAAGGUCAAGGUCAUCCUUCAAGGUCAAAGGUAAAAAAAAAAAUCAAAGCGCUGCUUAGGGGGCGUUGUGUUUCUGACAAACACAUCUCUUGUUUUUAAAUAAUUCCUUGACUAAAAUCCUAGACUCUAUGAUUGUUUUGUUGUUGUUUUUUGUGUCAGAUUUGUUUGCUUAUUGGCUGUUUUCAACAGUAUUUCAGUCAUAUGACAGCAGUCACUUAACCAACUAGCACUAGACCUGGCCUAGCUGAUUCACCAGUCAUAUAUGAGGUGUAUUCUGAGAAAACUGGGCAUAAUGCAUGUGCGCAAAGUGCCGUCCCAGAUUAGCCUUCGCAGUGUGCACAGACUAAUCGGGGAUGACACUUUCCAGCUAAAUUGGAUUUUUGCUAAGAAGAGACUUAAUUUAAACGAAAAAUGUCAUAAAAGCAGAAAGUGUUGUCCCUGAUUAGCCUGUGCAGACUGCACAGGCUAAUCUGGGACGACACUUUACGCACAUGCAUUAUGAUAAAACUGAAUCAGAGAUAGGGGGAGAAUGGCAGAAGAAAGGGUUUCAUGAAGAAUUACCAUAAAAUGGCUGGUGCUUUAUUUGAAACACGAUCCAGCUUUCAAUGACUAAAUUUUUUACCAUAUUAAUUACAAUAUUAUUUCAGGCCAGCGAGCUUAGUUUAAAGAGCACUUGACUAAAAAAACGUAGAUUGGGUUCGAACCUGUGCUUAGUAACCAAACUAAUAUGGUAAUUGCUCAUUAAAACUUGUCUAUGGCAAUUCUCCCCCCGACCUGUGAUUUAAGUAGGGCAGUUGUCAGUUACAGCCAGUAGUAUGUGCACUUAAUACUGGUAAACCAUCUUACCCAUGGGAAGUGUGAGUUGAUUGACUGACCCACUUUGUAGGACUGUUGAAAACAGCAAGAAAACACACACAACUAUACUAAACCAAACUAUACAAGUACAAAUGUACUAUAUAAUUUGACAUAUGGGAUCAAUGAAUGUCAUUGUGAGUUGUUUAAUCUCACUGACUGUAUUAUCUCAUACUGUAGGAUUAUAACUUAUAAUAUAAUCCAGUACCCGUAUUCUUUACACUAUGUAUCACAAUAAAUAAUACAUUUGUUUUUGUUUUUUAAUAGAACAGCAUUUCCUUACUUUUAAACAGUUUUUCAUUAUCUGUGAUAUGAAUAUGUGUUGUGAUAGUUUGUGUCUUUUUAUGCCCCCCUUCAAAAAAGAGGGGGUAUGUUGUUUUGCACAUGUCGGUCCGUCUGUAUGUCCGUCCGUCCACCAGAUGGUUUCCGGAUGAUAACUCAAGAAUGCUUUGGCCUAGGAUCAUGAAACUUCAUAGGUACAUUGAUCAUGACUCGCAGAUGACCCCUAUUGAUUUUGAGGUCACUAGGUCAAAGGUCAAGGUUACGGUGACCGGAAAUAGUAAAAUGGUUUCCGGAUGAUAACUAAGGAACGCUUAUGCAUAGGAUUAUGAAACUUCAUAGGUACAUUGAUCAUGACUCGCAGAUGACCCCUAUUGAUUUUCAGGUCACUAGGUCAAAGGUCAAGGUCAUGGUGACUCGAAAUAGUAAAAUGGUUUCCAAAUGAUAACUCAAGAACGCUUAUGCCUAGGAUCAUGAAACUUCAUAGGUAUAUUGAUCAUGACUCGCAGAUGACCCCUAUUGAUUUUCAGGUCACUAGAUCAAAGGUCACAAUGACUCGAAAUAGUAAAAUGGUUUCUGGAUAUUGACUCAAGAACACUUAUGCCUAGGAUCAUGAAACUUCAUAGGUACAUUGAUCAUGACUUGCAGAUGACCCCUAUUGAUUUUCAGGUCACAAGGUCAAAGGUCACAGUGACUCAACUUAGAAAAAUGGUUUCCUGUUGAUAACUCAAGAACCCUUACGCCUAGGAUCAUGAAACUUCAUAGGCAUUGAUCAUGACUGGCAGAUGACCCCUAUUGACUUUCAGGUCACUAGGUCAAAGGUCAAGGUCAUGGUGACUUGACACAGAAAAUGGUUUCCGGAUGAUAACUCAAGAAAGCUUACGCCUAGGAUCAUGAAACUUCAUCGGUAGAUUGAUCAUGACUCACAGAUGACCCCUAUUGAUUUUCAGGUCACUAGGUCAAAGGUCAAGGUCACAGUGCCAAAAAACGUAUUCAGGCAAUGGCUGCCACUACAACUGACAGCCCAUAUGGGGGGCAUGCAUGUCUUACAAACAGCCCUUGUUUUCAAUUUGGAUUAUCACUAUGUGGCUUUUAUUGUAGGCUCAGCAAGAAAACGUGUGGUACUGUCUCUAUUUAUAUUGUGUUUAUUUAAAUCAGUGGGCAUAUUAAAUUUUUAAACAUU